CUGUCAUGUGUUAGUUGGAACUUCUGAGAAUUGAGAAAUUUAUGGGAUAAGUAAAAGGAUGACAUCCAUUGUAAGUACCAGCUUCACCUUGAUCCCCAACCAGAAAUACAGACGUAGCAACCGACGAUCCAACCAUUCUUGCAACAUCCUUGGCUCAGAUUCUCAAAACUUAUCAACACUUGGGGAUUUUAAAGCAUUACCAUUAGAGCUUUUCCAAAUAAUUUUGGAAUAUCUGUCAGUGAAGGAUAUCAGCACGCUAAGCAUGGUGUCGAAAACCAUCAGCCACCGCCUUAUUAAUUACGUCUCAACCACAUCCGGAAGCAGAAGACUUUUACAGCAAGAUUUUCAUAACCUGGAGCUGUCUGGCAGAAGACAAGGCUCCUGUAUGAUGGAGCACUACAGAUCUCUAGGUUUAUUGUUUAAAAGGUGUACGUUGCUGCUGCCCACAAAAGAAAGGCUAAAGUACAUUCACAAGAUACUCUCAGAAGUUUCAUGUUUUAAAUUCAGUGGCUGUGGAAUUCCUAUGCAGUGUUUAGGAUUGCCGUGUUAUGGAAUGUUUUUACAGACCCUAACAGCAGGUUGGGAUGAGUUGGAGUGCCAUCGUGUUUAUAACUUCCUAUGUGAGUUGACUAAUCUACCCCGCAAGGUGCAGACAGUUGUUUGCAGUAAACCAGGAAGUGCCCGAAAGUUGGAGUUAAGGAUUAGACUAUUCUGUCGGAGUGUCCUACUAGAUCACUGGAUACAGAGAAGUGACUCUGCCUUUUGGUUGACUCGAAUACUAAAACCAUGGCCAAUGGUGAAUCAGGCACGACUGCUCUAUAUAAUCUUUGGACCAAUAUCAUCUCAAGAUGGACAGGUGGUUUGGCAGAAAAUGACAGAAGGACCUACAGAUGAAACCAGUCUAAAAGGCUUAGCCGAUGCCAUUAAAUUACUGUAUGACACUGACACUAAAGAGUGGACAGCAGAUGAUGUAAUCAGUCUUGUAGAUGAACUAUCAGUGGUUCCCCGAGAAUGGCUUCUAGAGAAUAAUGCACGUCUCCUUAUCCUAAGUGGGAAUAAUAUAUGUUUCACCUUCAUGGCUAGCAAAGCUGUGAAUGGACGGACCAGUGAACUAGCACGGAUGAUAGUCUUUUUGGCUUUGGUCUGCGAGAAGGACCUGUACUGCAUGGACUGGGCGGUAAAAAUGAUGCAAAAAGUCUGCAAAGUCUUUAGCACGCAAGUAGAAAGAAAUAACUUCCUGCAGAACGUGGAAAAUGCAUUUGCACGUGUUAUAAUGGACAUGCUGCAGUCAGUUAUGUCUGGAGACCGAGAUGAAGAGGAUAGCAGCUUUUUGAAUUUGUUUCAUCUUGUGAAUGCACAGGCUAAUUUCCAUAAGGAAGUUUUAUAUAUAACCAUGAACAGUACCUCCACCUAA